AUGGCCAAUCUGCUGCUGCAUGGGGAGCCCGCCCUCGACACGCUGGCCAUCAGUGCCGCGCCAUGCGGCCACUGCAGGCAGUUCUACUCCGAGCUCGCGUGCGCGGACUCGGUGCGGUUCCUGUUUGGCUCCCACGACGGCGCCCACCAGGAGGAGUACCGGCUGCGGGACCUGCUGCCGGACCGCUUCGGCCCCAUAGACCUGCUGGAGCCCGGCUCCGCCCCGCUGCUGCUCGAGCCGCAGGACAACGCGCUUGAAUGGGGCGCCGCCGCCAAUCGGCGGCUGGAGGAGCGGGGAGCGGGGGACGGCGUGUUUGCGCGCGCGGCGGCCGCGGCGCUCGAGGCGGCGCGGCGGUCCUAUUCACCCUACACGCGCUGCCCGUCCGGCGUGGCCCUGAUCGCGCGCGGCGGCCGCGUGUUCCACGGCGGCUACACGGAGAACGCCGCGCACAACCCGGGCCUCGCGCCGUUCCAGGCUGCCGUGGCUGGGGCAAUCAUCGGCGGCCUCGGGCCGUAUGAUGAGAUCGAGGAGGUGGUGGUGGCGGAGCUGGGCACCGGCCUGGUGCAGCAGGCCAGCUUGGCCAAGGUCGUGGCGCGCGCCGCGACUGGCAACGCGCUGCUACCGGUCACCGUGCUGCACACUGAGUGGGCGUCGUCACAGUGA